AUGAAUGGGGAUGGAGAAGAUCCACACGACUGGCAGUCAUGGAAUGGGCCAGAGUACUGGGAUAGAGCUGCGACGCUGCAUGGGUGGGAUUCAGGAGAUCUUGACGACAUUCGGGUAUCGUCCUAUGAUUGGAGGCAAAGUGGAAUAGACUGCAGCGCCUCUGCAUGCUCGGUGAUGGAACAGACUAUGAUCCAUGGACUUGAAGAGGAUGGAACCUUACCAGUGGAUGUGUCGGAAAUUCCAUGUGGCCACAUAUUGCGCAUCAGAAUCUUGCGUGUAGUCGCAGGACAAAUCAAGAACAGCUACAACGACUACAUGAUGCUCCGGGAGAGUCCACCAUCGUGUUGGCAAGAUGAUUUACCACCAGAAGAGGAGGACUUGGAUGCAGUGCGCACAGGGAAGUAUCAUGCGGAAUGUAGCUCGAUGCUCCGCACACUUGCUGUUGUCAGUGCGACAUGCAUGACAUGCAAACGACCUCCGGUGCUAAAUAAAAAUCCUACUGUUCAUUUACCCAUCCAUAGGGAUCCUGAUAUCGGCACAGAAGAUAACGACGUAGAGGAGAUGGAUGCCCAUGAUGGGGAGGACUUGGAGCUUGGUACAACACUGCCUCGGGAUAGGAAGGCGAGGCUUUCCAAGAUAUUGAAAGUCACCAAGGAGCUUUCUAUGGCACGCGAUCGUAACAGCACAGUGCCACGUGCAUUGGGGACCCAUAUUCCACUAGAGCCAGAGCAGUCUGCUGAGGCAUGUGGACAAGACGAUUCUCAGCGGUCAUCUGCUGCAAAAGCGUCUCGAAAACGUGUCUCCAACUGGAAUCUUGGCAGUAUUAAACGAUUUCCUCGUCCUACUGCACCACCCACCAUGGCCGCAUACACAGGCAGGCGAUGGCUUCCAGAUAAUCGAAACUUUGAUGAUUAUGAAGGCGGACCAACAAUAGAGAUGCUGAGACCCCCUAGCGACGUCCAUCCUACCAUGAUAUAUCAUUCGGCACAAAUGGAACUUUCUGCAGCCUGGGCGACCUGGGUCGACCAUGGGUACAGGAUCAAGCCAAGCACAUUUCAAAUGUUCUACCAGUGCCAACCUAUCGCCACAAUGGAACACAUCAUGCCUAUUGGCACAUCGGAUUCAUACGACGCAUCAAUCCAGGUGCCUGACCGAGUGACAGGUGCAUAUUCCCUAGACAGGACAGGGGCUCGCGAGGGUAGCGGUGGUGUAAGAAUCGGUGAUGUCGUCAUAUUGUCUGCUUCAGAUAUGAUCGGAUCAGCUGAGCAGUAUGAUCCACCUCUGCAGGAAGAAUGCAGAUAUGGACAUGAUCUGUUUGUGCGUGGGUGUACAAGUGGGUCGGAUGGCGAUGAAAGGCCGAUAUAUGUGGAUCUUGAGCUGGAUGCAAUUAGAUUCGAUGAAGACGAUAUAUCGAUCUCAGUGGAUAUCGACAGCAUUAUCUGGACGACGAAGACAUUGAGAUUGCGUGGGACCAUUGGAGUCUAUAUGACACCUCCAUUUCAUUCCAAGCCAGGGAUCUCGAAGCACAAUCACGCGUAUCUGGACCUCCUCAUUCCGCAGUCAGAAGAGGAUGCACAUGAACCAGGAGGCAGGGCGGAAUGGCUGUCUCUACGAGUUAAAAUGGAUUCCAUCCCGCAUCUAUGCAUUGGGCGCAUCUCAUCUGCAGCUUCCACCCUUAAUGUAUAUAUAUUCUUCCCCCGCCUCAAACACGAUGACGCCAUCAGCGGCAAAAAAGUGACUAUAAUACCCAAUGAAGUCGAAGACAUCUUCUGGGACCGAGUGUUGCUGCCAUCCAUUGGUGAUUGCGCCGACGUUAGCUGGCAGGCAUACAUGAAACAAUCGCUCCAGGAGGCGAGAUACAAGAAUAAGGGUGGAUCUGGAACGACGGGCGGAAAGGGGACUCCCAAGAUAAUUCCAUUGUCAAACGAUGACUUUCUGGAGGUGCAGGCACGAAUGCAUGAUCGAAUAAAGGACGGACACAUGGAGCUGAGCAUGUUUGGGUCGUGCUUCUUCGUGCUGGAGGGGAAGGGGAUCAAGCUUAUAACCAAGGAUGGCCAGAGGGGGAGAUUUAAGGGACCUGAAGACGCCCUGCUUCACAACCUACCUGACCUGGAUUGGCACCACAUGAUGGACAGGACACAUGGAGAAUUACUGCUCGAUGUUGGGGUGUCGUUUACACCACGCUCAUCAGAUGUUCCUGUGGUCGGGCUUUGGAGAUUGGAUGCAUUGGAGGCUUCCUUCGGAGCAGGGGGGUAUAAUAAAGGGCAGCUGCAUCACCACAACACACUCUCACGAUAUGGUGCGCUACAGGCCGAGAUGCAGCGGGAGAGAUGUCAGCAGACCCAUGUGGCAUUCCGGAGCGCAUACAACCUGUACUAUGAAGCAGUCAGAACCACCAACAACCAGGUCACCUUCGCAAUGGAUAGCGACGCCUACAAGGCAUCAUCAAAUUACAUGACCGAAUGCUUCAAUAUCGAAAGAGUGUUGACUGGUUCCAAAGGCAAAACCUAUGGCGUGCGAGAUGAAUACAGGACCAGUGGGAAGGCCGCCAGACUCAUUCUUGGUAGUGUAAUAUCGACGGCAGAAGAGUAUCUGAGAUCUGACCCAGUGCUAUGGAUCCCAUCUGAGGUGUGGUUUGGAUUCCUGGCGAGACGUGUGCGUGAGAUUCAAAGGACUCAGAUCGCCAUAGUGAGGAAACAUCCUCCAAACCUCGGCGUCCUCACAAGCAUCCUCAAUUAUAUGCUCCGUUCCACAACCUCCACCCCAAUUGUUUUUGACUCGCAUCUACGCGAAUCUCUGGCCCUUUUGGAAUAUAGAAAUGUCCUAGAGACUGCAGGAAUGUUCUUCCUGCAGGAAUUCGACCUCGCCAGCGAUACCUGCCUGUAUGAUGUCCAGCAGCAGGAUGACAUCACGGUGCUUGCUCUCAUGGGCGCAAACACGAAGGUGCAGAGAGCUAGAACAGCAGCGAGGCUAGAGAUAUCCAGAGCUGAUGCAGAACGUGAAUCCGAGGAGUUUCCCCUUGGUCGGAGGCCUUCAUGGGUUCGACUGAAAUCAGCCAUAGCCAGCUCUCCAGCAAGCAUUAUGAAGCCUUGGGUGUGGCCUUCCAGACUAUCACACGUGCAACUGUCUGUGGGACGACUAUUUGUCAUGUGCACCAGGCACCUGUGGCUCAUGCUCAGAGAUGACAUCUUCCAGGGAGUUAGGCCAUGCCCGGAAUCACUGCAGGAAGCCAUGAAAUGUUGGACGAUAACAAGCAUCACUGACACCCUGACUGCUGUGACCUUCGAAGCCUGUAAUGUCGGACUCCAGGACCAUUCUGGUGUGACCCCUGGACGCAUGGGCCCAAGGUCAAAAUCAUUCGCAAACCGAUUGUCCACCUUCUUUCCCAAUCCUAAAUCGCUCAAGAAGGCAUCCUCUCAGUGGUCUUCAUUGUGGACUGGAGAAGGAUACAUUGCAGAGUUUCACAGAUUAUUAACAAGAAUGGACGAGGAUGAGAGAGCGUUCUUGCAGGAUGGACUUGCAGAUAUAUUUUCAAACAUUCACUGUCUUCCUGCAAGCACUGCUGCGGCUGUAUGGAGAGUCAAACAAUCAGCCAUUGUCUUCAUCACUAACCCGGCAUUCUACAAGAUUGAAUGCUUAGGGAGAGCUGGUGAAAGUCGGAGAGGACCUAUCGCACGCCGCCCGGUCAAUAUAAUCAAGGGAAAACGCAUUUUUACAGCAGACCUAAUGGAUGUCACACCCUUUGAUGCUCUAGGAGCUCUCAGAAAGCGGUCUGACAGGCAGAAACGCAGGGACCUUCACAAAAUACUAACCAAGGCAAACAAGCACAAGAGGGUCCCUCCUCCCCCACGUCCCUCCGGACGGAGCAGACCAUUUCCUCUGUCUAGGCUCCACGAUUCUGAAUAG